ACUUAUGGGCGGAGCCUCCGUGUGUGCGUCGGCGGCGUGGUGACGUCGGCGGCGUGGCAGCGCGCGGGUCGCCCGUUACUCGGCGGGGCCGUUCCGCGAGGGGUUGCCAUGGCGAAGACGGUGGCCUACUUCUACGACCCGGACGUGGGGAACUUCCACUACGGUGCGCGGCGCGGCGGCGGGUUCUGCGGGGGCCGGUGCGAGGGGAGUCGGGGGUGGGUCGGAAAAGGCCGCAGGUCGGGUCUUUCCGGGCGGAGCGGAGCGGGCCGUCUGCUGCCGAGGGGCCCGCUGCCUCUGCCCUUCCGAAAACAGCCCCCGCUUUAAAAAUAAGCAGCAAGAGUUCCAGUCACGGAGGUUUCGCUUCCUCCCCAACCCCUUUUAAAUCCACUCUCGUGGAUCUUCUAUAUUUAUAUCUAGUUUUAACUGUGUAGUCGUUUGAUUGCCUCUUCAUGGUUGUAUUUUCAGUUCCGAGUCCCCGUUUGACAUAGUCAUAAUAAGUAAAUUAAUAGUAAAAAUGAUCACGGGGAGUCUGGGAGAAGCCACCAAGAAGGCCCUCUCCUGUGUUCCUAACCAAGGGUGGUGGGAAUUGAAAGGAUAUUUUGACUGAACCAAAACAAAACCACACACCACCAAACAACCACACAUACAUUAUGUGGAACCUGUAUUUACUUAAUUUAGGGAACACUCUUACGAUAAGUUUCGGAUGCCUGAUGAUCGUAUUCCAAAGCAACUACUCUGUUCCCAAUUUAAAAAUGGAAAGCGUAAUGCUGGUGGUCAGCAAAAGAGGUUGAAAGACUGUCUCAAGGCAAAUUUUAAAAAAUGUAGUAUAAACACUGACAACUGGGAAACACUGGCCUGCGAGUGCUCCAGUUGGAGAACAGCCUUUACCAAAGGUGUCAUGGGCUUUGAAGACACUCAAACUCAGGACACAAGGGAGAAACAUGCUAAGAGGAAGGUGUGCUUGGCAAAUCCACACCGUGAUCAACUCCUGCACGGAAACCAAUGUCCCCACUGUGGAAGGAUGUGCGGAUCCAAAAUUGGCCUCCACAGCCACUUACAGACUCAUUGUUAAAACCGUGUUUAUGGAAGACAAUCUUACUUGGCUAUGAGUGAUUGCCAAAGAAGAAGUUAGACAAUGAAUGAAACUAAUUGGUACUUCACUCAACUGUUCUUAACAAUGUAAAUCUUAAUCAUUGGGCUAUACUUCUACUAUAAGGGACUCAUAUGUAUCAGCAUAAUGUUCUCCCACAAUACUACUAUUAUCUCUGUUUGCACUUCUUUCUCUAUGGACGAGUGCUGGUAAUAAGCUAGGUCUUAAUGAACCUUUGAUUCUGGUAUGGGAAUGUUGAUUUCACAGUGGGUUUUUUCUUUCUUUCUUAUUGUGUUAGGAGCGGGACAUCCCAUGAAGCCUCAUCGCUUGGCACUGACCCACAGUCUGGUUCUGCACUAUGGACUCUAUAAGAAGAUGAUUGUAAGCAUUGCAUUUACUGGGUCAAAGACAGCUGCUGGUUUCAAGGCAGUAAUAUUUAUUUUAGGACAUUUUUAUCCAUUCCUUUGUAGGUAUAUUUCAGAAUCUGCAUACACUACAUGUAAAGCCUCUCACAAAGUGUGGAAUCACUGGAGGCAGGACUCAGCAAUUUUAUUGACUUUGUCACCAAGCCAAAGCAUUUUAGUUUUCUGACCUUCCCCUUUCCAGUUUGUGCUAAGAAAGCCCCCGUCCCUUUCCCGCAGUUGUUACCUAUUUGGCUGGGAUACCCAACUUUGAGAGUGGGAAUUGCUGCACAAUUGCCAGGACAAUUCCUAUCCACCUCUGUAGCUUCAGGUCUGGGAGGAAGGCUUUGUUCAUUAAGUUCAUAAAACUGCAACAGCUCACUUGCCAUGGUGAGCAUAAAUAUAGAAGUCUGACUAGGGAUAGUGUAAACUGGAACUUUGAGUCUGACAGCUGUACAGCCUUGCUCUGCUGUUGAAUUCAGUCCUGAAUGGGAGGAAUUUCUCUUGCAGGUAUUUAAACCAUAUCAAGCAUCUCAACAUGAUAUGUGCCGCUUUCAUUCAGAAGAUUACAUUGACUUCCUUCAGCGAGUGUCUCCAAAUAACAUGCAAGGAUUCACCAAGAGCCUCAAUGCUUUCAAUGUGGGGGAUGACUGGUAAGUGCUGCAUAUCUUCUAGAUGCAUCAGGUAGAUAGGGCCCAAAAUGUGUGGUGUGGGCAGGGUGGAUAUUACAGAGGUCCCAAAUGCCUGCUCAAACAAAAAAGUACUGGUCUUUCAUUGUUUGUUUCAUUUUUUUUGUAAAUGACUUGGGGGUUCUGCAUAUAAUCAAGUGGUUUUAAAUUUUUGCUAAAUAAAUCUACUACAGAUGUGACUGACAGAAGAAAUAAGAUAAUGUCUUUGUUUGGUUAGAAACAAAGAUUUAUAUGUGGAAAUAUAUGUGAGGAUGUAGAAGGGUAGAUGAUUGACUGAUGUGAAUGUGGUGUGAGAAGGGAAAUGGAAUGCCAUGCAGAGAGAUUGACUAGGGGGAGAUAAGUGGAAGGCACUCAUUCAACCUUUAUUCAUGUGCUCUAUGAACAUAAGCCAACAGUAAAUAUUUGCUUAUUUUCCUGGCUUCACCAAGGAUGUGUACUAUUGUAAUAGAGCUGAAGAUCUCAUAUGCAGAAAUCUUAAUGUCACCAAAGCUUUUUAGAGAAAAGUUAUAACUUAAUUAAGAAAAGUCUAAAAGGUUCCUAAUUCUUGAAGUGAUGUUAAAGCACAUGGAGUUAGGCUAGAAAAUACUGAGGAAAACGUAGUUUCCUGUCACACUUCGACCACUGCAGAACAUUUUGUGGUUUACCUCAGGUGCCAAAAUAUAUUGGGUCGGCCCUGCUUAUGGGAGCACCAGGAGGCUUACUAAAGCCUAAGGACUAGCAAAGCCGGUGCUUUCUUACACACACACACACACACACACACAAUAUUACUGUGUGCCUACAGUCAUGCAUUGUCAAGCUCAAGGGGGAGAUUACUGCAAGGUGCUUUAUGUGGGGUUACUUUGAGGUUAGCCCAGAGGCUUCAGCUAGUGCAGAACAUGGCAGCUGGGUUGCUUGCAGGAGCCAGUGGCCGACAGCAUGCAACACUGUAUUUUCUGGAUUCGCACUGGCUGCUAAUCUGCUACCAGGACAAGUUUCAAAAGGGAAAGUGACACUCCUACUGGGCUGGGUCUCACAUACCAAUGACCAACUCUCUUGAGAGACAGCCUUACCCAGUAGGAGUAAGGAGAGCUUCUCCGUCAAGCCGUAAAGAUAUCAGAAGCCUGCUCAGAAGUAACUUGGAGCAGGGCUUUUAGUGUGGUGGCCCCUGUUUUGAGGAGCAGUGUUCCUGCUUAGAUAGUGAAGUCACAGAUAGCUGCACUUUCUGGAAACAUCUGAAGACAUUUCUGUUCCAACAAGCUUUCUCAGCUUUCUAUGUCAUCUUGAGAGACAGCAAUAAGGAGAGCUUCAAAAGCAACCAGAGCCAGCCCUCAAAGCCAACGUGAGAGUGGGUGGACCUGGCAAGCACUGCUGUAUUCACCCCUUGCCACCCUCUCCAGGCUGAUUUGGCUUCUCUGUGCAGCUACAACUCCAGUACUGAAAGAGAUGGGUGAUUCUGCCCUUGUGCACAGUUCCUUGGCUACUUGAAAGAGUUGCGGAGAAUAGGUCCAUCAAUAACUAUUAUUACUAAAAGGAGGCUCCAUGGUCAGAGGCAGUAUACCGCUAAGCACUAGGGCCACCCAAUGAAUCUGAAGGCUGGAAGAUACAGGCUAAACAAAAGGAAGUACCUUUUUAAACAUCACAUAGUGGAAUUUGAGACUGCAAAAUGUAGUGAUGGCCGCCAACUUGCAUGGCUUUAAAAGGGGGUUGGAGAAAUAGAAGGAUGAUACAGCUAGGAUUGCUCUGUAUGCCACCUCAAUUAUCAGAGACAAUACAGGGAACAGGAGUAGUGGGAAUGCUGUUUAUGGACUUUCCAGAGCCAGUGUGGUGUAGUGGUUAAGAGCAGUGGACUCAUAAUCUGGUGAACCAGGUUCACGUCCCUGCUCCUCCACCUGCAGCUGCUGGGUGACCUUGGGCUAGUCACACUUCUCUGAAGUCUCUCAGCCUCACUCACCUCACAGAGUGUUUGUUGUUGGGGAGGAAGGGAUAUGAGAUUGUUAGCCACUUUGAGACUCCUUAGGGUAGUGAUAAAGCGGGAUAUCAAAUCCAAACUCUUCCUCUUCUUCUUGUUGUUUUUUCAGGGUACUUGGAGCAUCUCUGGAAACACAGUUGUGUUUCCAAUUGUGGGUGAUGCCCAGCCCCUGCUCCAUAAUUGGGAGAGGGCUUGUCAUGUUUGCUGGGGAUAGGCACUUGCCUUGGCAAGUAGAACCAUGGACCCUUGCAGAUGAAGAGUUCUGAAUUAUUAGACGACUUGCACACUCCUAUUUCAACUGUGGCUGCUAAACAAAAACGUUGCCUUGCCUGUCUUGUGUUUCUUACUCACAUCUAGUGAUAUGGUCGGAUCUUCCAUACCCAAAUAGCUAUUUUGGAUUGGAAAGUUUCUGCCAUGUUAUCCUGAACUAAGUGUAAUUUUGUGUUCUCUCAUAGUCCAGUGUUCCCAGGGCUGUUUGAAUUUUGUUCUCGAUAUACUGGGGCUUCAUUGCAAGGAGCAACACAACUGAAUAAUAAGGUAACAAGGUGAUGUCAUCUUCACCUUCUUCACAUCCUUAAGUUGCUGUCAACCAGGUCGCUCUAAAAUUUGCUCUGUAAUUUUUUUGUGCAACUAAAUGGUAUUCAUAAUCAUUGACUCUGGGGGAACUUCAUGAUAUCUGAUAUGGCGUGGUGGGGUACUCAGGAACCCCCCAGUUCAAAUCCUAUCUGGGGCAUGAAUUCACUUGGUGGUUUUUAGCCUCCCAUCUCCAAUAUGGAGGUACUAAUUCUGACCUACUUUAUAGGUUUUUUUGUGAGGAGUGCAAUGAAGUGCUUAGAAUGCUAGGAAGUAUAAAUGCUAAAUACUCUCAUGGGUACAAAACUAUAACUCAGAUAGCCUUAACAGUUGUUUGUUGUUGUUGUUGUUGUUUUGCAAAGGAAGUCAGCAGAGUGGAUGGGCUAGCUUAGGAUAUAGGGAUUCAUCAUCCCUUGGUAAGUGUUGCUGUUAAGGCAGCAUAAUCCUCUUUCAUUUGAGCUAAUGUACUCCUUCUGUCUUUAGAUCUGUGAUAUUGCAAUAAACUGGGCUGGAGGUCUUCACCAUGCCAAGAAGUUUGAGGUAAUGAGGCAAGUCUACUUUCCUUGCUUUGGAGGGUAAAGAAAACUUAGUUGCUUUUCACUGACUCACUUUUGCCUUUUUUGUGUUUCAGGCUUCUGGGUUUUGUUAUGUCAAUGACAUUGUGAUCGGCAUCUUGGAGCUUCUCAAGUAAGGAGUUGGUGCAAGCGGUGCAUAGGCGGAGGGGGGAGUUGGUGUUGCUGUAAAUGGCAUAAUGGAGCUGCACUAGAGAUUGUGUGUCUAAAUGGCUUCUCUUGUGCUGGUGGCCCUUCCCAUUCCCUUUCCAUUGAACCUUCUUCAAGUGUUUGAUCAUAAUGUGAUAAUUCUUGUUUAUUUGUGUCUGGCUGAGUCCAGAUGUGGUACACUUCUUUCCUACCUGCACUUUUUUGUUCCAGUUUAAGAAAUGCAAUAAUUAAGCCCUGGCUUGGCAUUUUUUGGUGCAGUCUUGUGUUUGAAAACCCCACCUUGAAUGGGGUUUGGCUCUGGUGCACUUUAUGCUUGCUUAACUUAAACUGGCAUAAAUUACACUGGCUUCCACUACUUGGCAUUGCUCCCUUCAUCAAGAAGACUAAGUUAUUCCUUCCUCCUCCUCCAGUCUGGCUUUACAGAUAAUUUAAACACAUUACCUGCUUGUCUCCAAUCCCAUUCCCUAUCUGCUGCCCAACUAUAAAUUACAUACAAAUGUUUCCCUUUCUGAUCUACGACAUGAAAUGCACCUUUUUGGUGAGUAAGAAACUUGGAUUGGCAACUGAGUGAGGGGAGUGGCUGUGCAGCUUGGAUACAGGAUUUCACCCUGGUGUUGCCAGCUUCCACCUGCUUCUCUAACAUGUCUUUGGGUUUCUGACAGAUAUCACCCACGUGUACUGUACAUUGACAUAGAUAUCCAUCAUGGAGAUGGUGUCCAGGAGGCUUUUUAUUUGACAGACCGUGUCAUGACGGUGUCCUUUCACAAAUAUGGAAACUACUUCUUCCCUGGUACAGGUACAAAACUUUUUAUUGCUUAUUAUAAGCUGGAUUAAAGAUGCAAUACAGAUUUCAUUUUGGAUACCUGCAGAGUGCUUAGAUAUAGGAUAGGUACAUUAGUGUGGGGAUGUUCCAGUGGUUAGCUGAAAACAGAGAUGGGAUUUCUUCAGGCUGUGGAUUAGCUAGGUAGUAACCUAUUUUAAAAAUCAAAGUUUGAAUUCUGCACUUUGCCCUGCUUUCACCUGCUAGGUGACAUGUAUGAAGUGGGAGCUGAGAGUGGCCGUUAUUACUGUCUGAACGUACCUUUGCGUGAUGGCAUCGAUGACCAAAGUAAGUGGAAGGCUUCUCUUGGGCCUUGCUGGAUACUCUGACUUCUGUGCAGAUUGCAGCAGAGGAGCUAUAACAGCAGAGUCUUGUCUUCUCUUUGAAGGUUACAAACACCUCUUCCAGCCAGUCAUUAAUCAAGUUAUAGAGUUCUAUCAGCCCACAUGCAUAGUGCUGCAGGUAAGAGGAUGGAAGACCUAAGCAGUGAGAGUCAUGGGUGUGGACUUGAAUUUCCUUUGGUGGUCACACAGAAGAACUAGUGUGGGGAGGGUUGGGAGAUAGGUGGGCUGGCUGGGAUGAGAUGCGUUCCUGAUAUUCUGUUGUGAGUGUUUUGGAUAAUCAGUAGCUAGUGCACCGAUACUGUUGUUUUCUCCUCAUUUCUUCUUCUUUGCCUCCAUUAAGUGUGGUGCUGACUCGCUAGGUUGUGAUCGUCUUGGUUGCUUUAACCUCAGCAUAAGAGGACAUGGGUGAGUCCCUUUAAUGAGUUGAGUAAAAGGGCACAUUGGAACUGAAACUGAUGUGAUUGGAUCUCCCACCUUUUUUACCCUUUAAUGCAGCUGUGGGAGCUUCACAUUUGUUUGGACUAGUGGUGCUGGAGGGGUGAGGGAGAGGUUGAGCCCUCCCACAAAGCGACUAUUAGCCCUGCAGCAGAAAAACACAGUGGAAUUAAUUGGUGUGUAUGUGAUUGAAAAACAGUAUGAGAAAAAGUUUAACACCCCCACCUGUUCUGCUUCAGUAAAAUCUGCUUUCUGAUGAACUUGCUAUUGCCCCCACAGUGGAAGAAUGCAGUUGUACUAUAUUUCUUUCCUGAUAUAGGCUAAAUAGCUGCUUGCUAUGGUGAAUGAACUAUAUUGCAAAAACAGUGCUGCUGGUCUGAUAAAAAUCAGAGCCUUUGUGGUUGCUUCAGUUAAAAAUAAAGCGAAGCUGGAAGGGUUGACCUCCUUGCAUUCUGGUUGCUUUUGAGGGGUUGCUUUUGGAGGGGGGAGAAGUGGCAGGGAUUGCUUCUCUGCUCACCUAGUGGUCCAUCCUCUUUGCUUGCUUGCUGCCUGCCAGUCAUGUGGAGCUGGGGGUGUCCACUUGCUUCACCCCUUGAAGGGGUUCUGCGUGUAACUGGGAGAAAUGCACUUGAGAUGAGAAAUGCAUGUGUAGUGUUGUGUUUGUAUGAGAGAGAACUGGAAGGGGGAGAGUCAUGCGUAUGGUCUGUGAGAGACAGACACGUAUGUGAACAAGAAGUAUGGAUGAAUGUGUGCUUUGAGUGAGGGAAAGAUGCACUUGGGUGGAGAGGGAGAGGCAUUUGUGAAGUGUGUGUGAGAGACGGUUCUCUUUCUCUCUCUCUCUCUCUCUCUCUCUCUCUCUGUGUGUGUGUGUGUGUGUGAGAGAGAGAGAGAGAGAGAGGUGUGCGUGUGUGUGGCCACCUUGUUUAUUUUUCCUAAUAGUGUAAAUAAUUGCCAUGUGAUCUCCACAAGCAGGACAUAGCUUAUUUCCCACAAUAAGCAUGAGGUCUGGAAGGGGGAAACAGCAGUGCGUGUACUUGCUCUAAUUGUGCUUUGCCCCAACAGCAGUCAAUUUGUGACAGGCACUUCCCCCAAAUUCAAAAUGUGCCCACUGCUCCAAAAACUUUGGCGACCCCUGCAUUAAUGUAUCUCUGUGUCACAUCUUUUUUGGUCCUUGGUAGUUAGCAGUUUGAAACCCUGUCUCUCCCCCUCCCCAUUCUGAGAAUUGAUUCUCAUCCUGGCUCAUGAGGAUUCGUUUCUGAUUUUCUGAGCAAUAAUGUAGUGUUAUGUCAAACUUUGUUGAUUUGGUGCUUUGUAGUAGUGAUGGUAUUGUUGUUCCACUUUUGUUAACAUGCUUGGAUCAGUUGUCCCCUCUGUAAGCAGGUGUGUUCUAUAAGGCACAAUUAUCUGCUUUCUCACAAAGACAAGAUAAGCAGAAAGUUUACAGGUUUUGGUUGUUCUUUAUUAAUUGUGUAUGCCUCCCACAGUUAUACUAAGAAUUACCUUGAGGUGCUACAGAUGGGUUAAUAGUACAUACCUACCUAGGCUCUCUUUACUUUUUUUCAACCUUCACCUUUGAAGCCAGUAGUGAAAGAGCAGCAUUUAGCUCAGAAUAAGUUAUUGGUGUGUAUUUAUACAUAAUAUACAUUACUCAAUCUUUUCAAUAUUUAGGACUUUAGAAAUUCACACUGACUCUUUGUGCUGCAUAUAUUUUUCUGGGCUUUUGACCAGUCUGAAAUAAACCUCCCACUUUUAACGCGCUCAGGAGCAUACACCUGAGUAAACAGAGCCUGUGUUGUUAGUUAUUUGUAAAUUUUCCAAAACCUAUUUGUAGCCAUAUGAAGGGUGAUGGUUUAUGUACAACACAUAGAUGAAUGUAAGCAAGUUUGAGAGGAAUUUAUUUCUGAAUUUUAUAACUUUGAAUCCUAGGGAAUGUGUAGAAUAUGUAAAGAGUUUCAACAUACCCCUCCUGGUGUUAGGAGGAGGUGGCUACACAGUUCGCAAUGUGGCCCGGUGCUGGUGAGUCUUCUGGAAGCUUUUGUUGAUAAUGGGUUGGGGCUUUACCUUCCUUGGAUAUAAAAUGGCACAGGUUUGUGUCAUGUGAAGACUUCACUGUAGUCUGCCUUUCAUUUUAGGACUUAUGAAACAUCAUUACUUGUAGAUGAAGCAAUUAGUGAGGAGCUUCCAUAUAGUGGUAAGUUGAGGACCUACAUGUUCAAACGUCACUGAUGUCCCUUGUAGCAUAUUUAGUUUCCCCAAGUUAUUAGUAUCUAGAUAACUUAGGGGGAUAGUUCAAAAGCAAUGACAAGGCUUCGUGGAGUAGCCGCUGCCACCUGUAGAACCUUGUUGCAUGUGCUGGCCAGGGCAGGUGUGGUGUGUGGAGGAAAAUGUCAGCUCACUAUAUCGGUGUCCAGGCCUGGUUGGGCCCAUUGUUAUCAUGUGGCAGCAGCGCGGCUGAUUUGGGUUCUAGCCCACCUCUACCCUGAAACACUCCAUUUUGGAAGUUGCUCUUGGCUGCUGCUAACAAUGCUGCCCGUGGUAGCUUGUGCCCCUUGUUACGGCAGAUACAGUGGGGAACCUGUUGCUGGUGGAACUGCCCUGCCAACAAGGGCAGUGUCUCUGGGUUGGGCUGGGUGCAGGGAUAUCUCCACCUCAUCCAAAUUCUCCAGCAUGAUUUGUUGGGGCUUGGGGUUGGUUAAUCUGUAAUUCACCAACAGCAUCUUUCAGAUUGUUUCAAAAUAUAAGGGUUAAGCAGAUUUACGUGGUGGAGGUGGCGACCAACCUUUGGCCAACCUUUUCAUAUCUGCCUAUGCUUUUCUAAUUAUUGGAGGCAAAUUAUUUUAAACCAGAUAAUUUAAUCCUGUUACUUUUUCCACUUGGAGUUGUCAGUGGUUAUUACAUUUGCUCGUCAAUAUUGAUUCCCAGUAAUUCUGUGUUUUGCACACCGGAAAAUUGAUGGCAUAACGGCUUCAUAGAUGAAGCAGAAUUUGAUUGUAUGUUUUCAUCAGUUCUAAGCAGCUGGAAAAUCAGCUGAUUUCAUUAAUUUACAUAAAGGGAGCCAAGGCAUUGAGAGAGAUUGCUCCUUCAGGAGAGUGGAGCUGCAGCUUGCUGUUCAGUUAGUUGUUGCAUGGGCUUGUAGAGUUGUUUGAAAGGGGUUGUGCAUGGAUUUCCUUCUUAUUUUAAAAUGUAUAAACAUCAGUAUCCAUGUAUCCACACUAAUUGUCUGUCUCUAUGUAGAGUACUUUGAAUACUUUGCUCCAGACUUUACCCUCCACCCUGAUGUCAGCACUCGAAUUGAAAAUCAGAACUCGAGGCAGGUAAGUAACUUUGGCCAUAUAUAUUUCACUUAGCUCUGCUUUAGCCUCCCACCAUGUCUUCUGCCUUGACAUUUUCAAAAGUUGCAGCAUUGGUGCUUCUGGUUUCCCAAAGCCCAUUCCAAGCAGUAAGAGCAGGCCCUCCAGAUGUUUUGAGACUACAAUUCCCAACAUCCCUGAACACUGGUCCUGUUAGCUAGGGAUGAUGGGAGUUGUAGUCCCAAAAAAUAUCUGGAGGGCCGAGUUUGCCUAUGCCUGAGUAAGAGUGAUUGGGAUCAUUCUGAACCUGCAAAUUCAUUUUGGGCAAAUAGUUGUUAUUAUUAUCAUUGUUAAUUUCAUUCUAUACUGCUUUAUAUUUUUAAGAAAAAAAUCUCAAAGUGGUUUACAACCUUCAUUAAAACAUCAAAUAAAACAUUACUGAAGAAAGUCAAGUAUACAUUCAAAGCAACAGGAAACUAAAAUAUUAUCUGAAAAGAUUUCAAAAUAAAACAUUACCAAAGAGGUCAGCUAUAAAAUGCACAUUUAACACAGCCAAGUUAGGAAAAAAAUUAUCUUGACCAUUUCAAAAGAAAACAUUACUAAAGGAAGUCCACUAUAAAAUGCAUAUUUAGAACAGCAUAAUAAGAGAAUAAAAAAUUCUCAUAAGCGUAGAAGACACCAAGAUCAAGCAGGACCACCCAGCUGCAAUCUUGAUAUUUUAAGAGGAGUGCGACUCCUGUCUAAAUUAGAAUAUAAUGAGCACUGCCUUUCUAAUUCUAUGAACUGCCUGCCAAAUGUACCUAAUAUAUUACAUGGACUUCACAUUGUUGGAUUUCAUCCAGAUCGUUACUAAUCACCUGAUGUCAUAAGUGACAAUUAAAGGGAUUUUUAAUUUAUGUUACAAGUGUCACCGUGCUAAGAUUAGCAAUGGGCCCGUUGAGAGAGACAAAAGACAGCAGAAGGAGCUCCUAUCUUUGCUCUUAGAUUGGAGAUAAGCUCUCUGUCUGCUCUUUGAUUUUAAAAGCAGCAUUUUUCUGUACCCCACACAAACUCUGAGUGGGUGGAAAUGCUGCCUUUUGCUCUGAAGGAGUAGGCAGAGGGCUUAUCUCUAAACCUAGUGCUGCUGUGCUUAGCACCAAGAUCCUAGACCUAGAUAAAGGACCCAUCUGCUCCUUAGAGAGGAAUUUUAUUUUGUUUCUGGAGUGCUCUGUUUGUGAGAGAGAGGGUGGGGGAGAAGAGGGGCAGUGCUGUGUCCUUGGUGUCUGGUACAUGUUUUGUGUAUGGGGGUGGUGGUGUGAUUUUGCUUCCCACUCCCUUAAGAGUUUUGCUUUUGUUUUGGCCCUGGCAAUUUGGACAGGUUCCUGUCGGCCCUUGGGCCAAAUGGCUUCUCUACUCAUUCAGUAAGAGAAAAUCUAGUGCCCUUGGCAUUUCUGAUAGCCAGGCAGGAGUGGUGGCUGGAACUUUAUAAACAUUUUCAUACCUGAAGGCCUCUAUGAUAUGACCUGCUGUUUUCCCCCUCUUCUCUUCUGACCAGUACUUAGAUCAAAUUCGGCAAACUAUAUUUGAGAAUUUGAAGAUGCUGAACCAUGCACCCAGUGUCCAGAUCCAUGACGUCCCUUCUGAUUUGCUGAAUUUUGAUCGCCCAGAUGAGCCUGAUCCUGAAGAGAGAGGUUCUGAGGAGAACUACAGCAGGCAUGUUUCUGUUUAUCCCUCAAGUAGAAGUGUCCCGGGUUUGCACCCCAGCCCAACUGGAGGAACUAUGAUAUGUGCCUCCCAGAACCAACACUACAUUGAUUUGGGCUUUUGCUUAUUGUUUAGAUUGCUGUUUUCCAGAAGCAUGUAGUUGCUGCAGUUUUAGGUGGGCAGGUUUCCAGUGUCUGUGCUUAAUUUUUGGCCUCCUCCUGUGUUAACUUGUCUUGCAGGCCGGAGGCUUCAAAUGAGUUCUAUGAUGGUGACCAUGAUAACGAUAAAGAAAGUGAUGUGGAGAUAUGAUGCCUGAAUCAUGGGAGUGUGAACAGUGCGGAGAUCACAGGAUGGUGGUGCUAUAAGGAUGCAGCGGGUUCCAGUGGAAAGCCUCUGUCCUGUCGCUAAGUGAUGGCAGCAGGACUGCUGAAUCAUGCAAUUACUGGGGCGCAAAAGACAUUGAGAGGUUUAUGGUCCUCCCAGAGCCUUUCCCACCCCUUGAGACUGUGCCUUUGCCACUGUUUGUGGAAAAAGAAUUCCAUAAUUUCUUGUUCACACAAGUCUGUUUCACUGCUGUGUGACCAGCUGUUGGGUCUCAUUCUGCAGUGACUUUGUCUCCCUUGCAGACAACAAGAAGCACUGUUGCACUUGGACAUUUCUUCUGACUUCUUUUGAAACAGGUUUGUGUAUGUGAGGUGUUCUGCUGAAGCAGCUGGUUUUAAAUCCCAAAAAAGCUGCAGUGUAAAAGUCAGUCGUUUGCCAGUUUUUAAGCCAACCAGAGUCCCGUGUUAAAGUAAAUCAGAUAAAAGGGAGAACCGGAUAAUGGUUAAUAUUUUGCUGAGCCAGUAAUGGAGGUUGGAACGGUCAGUUUUGCGGCUGACCCAACAAUGCUGGUUCAUUUAGCACAGAUUUCUUCAUAGGAGGUUAUUUUUGUAGCAGCUCAUUUUCAAAAUCAGGGCAUGUUGAAAAAACUUACCCGUGUGGGAUAUUUGAGGGACAGAAGGCUGGGGGUGGGUGGGUGUUGUUUUGCAUGAGUGUUGAUUACAUUCACACACUAGUGCAGGGUUUCCCAACCCUUGGCCUCCAGCUGGUUUCAUACUACAAUUCCCAUCAUCCCUAACCACUGGUAUUGCUAGCUAGGGAUGAUGGGAGCUGUAGUCCAAAAACAGCUGGAGACCCCAAGGCUGGGAAACGCUGGAUUGUGCACCUAUGUACAACUCAGUGUACCCCCAAGAGUGACCUUUCCACAGACGUCACCUUUGGUUUCAUAGAGGUCAUGUUGCUUCUCAAAAGAAUGUUACAUGGAUUGUAGGGAGAGACCUGGGCCAAAGAUGGUUAUGUUGUUGUGGAAAGUCUUCCCAUUGUUGAGCUUCUCCCUUCUGUGACCCUUUACAUAUUUUAAUGAGUCAUGCUUUCUGAGCAUGUGUUCAGGCAGAGGCUUUGUUCCUAAAUAAAUUUUAAGGAACUUUAUGAAAGGAAAGCUUCCUGUCCCCUCUUCCCCCCUGAACCACAUUCCAUAUUGUUCAGGAGAGUCCCCCAGACCACCCAGAGAGGAUUUUCUUUUUCAGGGUAAGGGGGGAUGCACGCAGUGGGGAGAAGUGGACAGGAAACAUCUCUUCCACAAACUUCCUUAAAAAUAAAGUUCUUUUUGGAUCCAAGCAAAAAUUUGAAAGGCUUCUCUAGUUUUAACUGCAAGUUCUCCUUCCUUUGUGACUACAUAGCCAUUGAUGCAAUGUGUGCCUCAGUUUGGCUGUGGUCUUACUGGUCUUAAGCUGUAUGUGUACGUGCAGAUACUUGCCAUCAGUGUUAUGAAGACUUCACUGCGGGUAGAAUGGCAGAACAGCAACUGAUCUUUUCUUCCUUAUGCUCAUAUUUUACUAAUGCUUUUAAAAUAUUAAACAACAGGAUGGUGUUUUUCUUACCUGUUUUGUGUCUUUCCUUCUCCCCCUGCCUCUUGCAUUGACAUGCGCUCAUGCAGCCUGUACAGCAGACUCAUUGACCAGAUGUGGCCCCCACAUGCCUCUGUUUCUGGCCCUCAGAACUCUCCUCAUGCUUGGCCCUUCACUGGACCUGUUUCACAUCCUUCUUGAGUGUUUUUGCCUGGCUGGUAUUUGUCCUGAAACUCUUGCUUGUCUGGAGGGGAUACAAAGGACUGUAUAGAAAGUAGCCUGCUGUAGAAACAUUUGCCUUUGUUGCCACUUUGCCUCUAGCCCUGCUUGUCACUGACAUGUGGCCCUGGGAAUAAUAAAAUUGUAGAAUUGGAAGGGACCCCAGGGUCAUCUAGGCCAACCCCCUGCAGUGCAGGAAUAAAUGUCCAGAAGGCAAUUUGGCCCUCCAACUGUAAAUGGGUUCCUCAUGUGUGAUGUACAGUCACUUUCAGUCCUUUUUAAAAAUUCUUAUAGUAAUGGAGCCCAGUCUCUUCUUUCACUUCUACAGGGGGUAUGAAGUUACUUUUCAUGGUUGUAGAAGCACUGUGGCACAAAGUGCUUUUUUUGCCACACAUUCAGGAAGUGUGUGGGUGCAUGGGUAGUAACUGGAAACUGCAAUACACACUCCCUUAAUUUACUGUCUGAAGGACAUAUGCGAGGUUCUGUAAAGCUGAGUUCAAGCAGCCUAAGCCUCUGAAGACAGGGACAGUAUUCACCACAAGACUGCAGACAGUAUGUUGAAAUGAAGGAUUAUUCACCCAGAAGUGUCCAAAAUGACAUUGUUCUAAUUGCGACAUUCGUUUCCUCUGAUCUCAAUAUUGCUCAUCCAUGUAUGUAGUUCAAACUUAAAAUAUUAGAGCACAAGUUACAAUGACUGAUGUAAGAUGGAAACAUCUAAAUUUAAAAAUAUAAUUUUCAUUAUAUCUAUAGCAAUACUCAUCCAAGAACGUGACUGCUGCAAAGUGAACAGAACCAAACAGUGACAUGUUGGUACAUAACUAGUCCCGCUGCUGCUAAUAAGCAUGACAAGAUGUCAUAGUUCUAGAUUAUGGCUUCAUUUACAGUCUCCAGAAUGGGGCAAAAAAAAAAAAAGAGCAAAGAAACGUGUGCCCUAAAAACAGUUUGCCAGUAUACAUGUUUGUGCACAGCUGGUAUACUUCCCUGUGGGUACCAUUCAAAGAGUCUAAAACAUGAGCCAUAAUCUCAAUCCAUUUUUUUUUAUAUUUAUUAAGGUUUUCAGAAUAUUACAAGAC